CAGUGUUAUUUUAACUCUAUGUAGAGAUGGGACCAUAUGCACUCUGAGCAGAGCUGAUUUAACUCUGUAGGAUGAAAUCUACAUCAUACAAACAUCAUAAGUUUUAGACCCCUGGUCAUCUUAAGUAAAAUGUAAAAUUGACCUCUUGUCAUCACCCUCUAGAACAUAUUAAAAAAGUGUUUAUUGAUUAGAAAAAGGGACAAAACAGCUGUGAUUGAUUGUGGAUGAUGUAAACACUGUGUAGUGGACUCGGUUGACGUCAUUGCUCAUUAAAAACAAUUGACUAAUGGUGAAGUAAAUAUUUAUGAGUGCAGGAGAGAUGUGGAUGAAGAAGGUUUGGCUGGUUAGUUUAGAUCAGGGUUAAUUUAGGGCACGUACUCUUAGAUCCUGUUUAAUUGUGGAGCGUUCCCUUUUUCUCUUACUUUCAUUCCUCAAAUUCCCAGUUUUUAGGCUGAGCAAGCACAUGAAGUUCCUCUGAACGUCUGCUCUUUAAAGAAGAAAAACUCUUGUGUAAGAAUGACAGCUCAGUUUUAACCAGUCGAACGCUGGAUCGCUUCAGCUUUAGUCAGCAGUUCCCGUGGAUCUGGACGGAGAAGAGGGAAGCGAGAGCAGAAAUUCAAGAUUUUGCAAUCUUAUUUUCAUAAAUGUGUGUUUUGUAGUCAGGGCCUGAGCAUGAAGAAAUGGGUCUGUUGUCCCUCGUUUUUCUGCUGGCUUUUCUUCGGGCCGUAAUAUCUAACGAGGACCCUUCAGACUCCUGCAAGGACUUCGGACAGGCGUUUGAACGGAUGUUCGCAGUUCCGGGGGAAUCGCCGCUAUUGGAGUGUCCGUUGCAGAUCCAGUAUCUCUUCGAUACCGCAGAAACGCCGUACAACGUCACAUGGCUGGAGGGGAGGAACGGCUCCGAGGUCACGGAGGGUCAGCCGAGCGUCGUGGUCAGAGAGCAAUCGCUGUGGUUCCCCAACAUCAGCAUGGAGCAGCAGGGAACGUACACAUGUGUGGUCCGGACUCCGAGCCGGUGCUUCAGACAGACGGCGGUGCUGGUGGUGAGCGAGAUGACGUCAGGACGCUGUGAGCGACCGCAGUGGGGAAUCCAGCAGAUCAGCGCUCGUGUGAACGACGUCCUCUCCUGCCCUCUGAGGAGAUAUCUCAAGAGCGUGGAUCAUCCCUCCAUCCAGUGGUACAAGAACUGUGAGCCUCUUCCGGAAGAUGAGAAGUUUGCUCUAAACACGGAUAAGGAUAUGCUAAACAUACGCAAAGUACAUCUGGAUGACGCUGGAUUCUACACCUGCAAAAUGACCUUUAGUUUGGAUGGAGUCGUCGGUGAAAUGGCUGAAAGCAUAGAGUGUUUAGUUCACGAUGAAUAUCUAGAGAAACCGCGAGUGAUCGAGCCGGUCGAUGAGAUCAUCAGAGUCGAGAGCGGUUCAUCCGUAAGGAAGGAUUGUGUUGUUUUUGUGCCGGGAAAAGGCAUUCCCAUGGUUGAAGUGCUGUGGAAAGUUACCUUGGAAACCGAAAUGUUUUUCAUCUCCAAAAACACGUCGGAUCGCGUUCAUCAGAAACCCAUGAAUGAAAGCACGACGGAGGACGGUUAUGUUUUCGUGCGCACGCUGUCCGUGUCAGACGUAUCGAGGGAAGAUUUCUAUGCAGACUUCUGCUGUAUGGUGUUCAGCGGCCAAGAUCUCCUGACCGGUCACAUGACCCUCGUCCCCACAGGGCCGAACCCGCUCUUGCUCCUCGGGCUCCUCCUGGGCUCGCUGGCGUUUCUCUUCGUGGUUGGAGUGCUCGUGUGCACCAUAUUCAAGGUGGAGCUGGUCUUGUGCGUCCGGACUCUGUUUCCAUUCCUCUACAAAACCACAGAUGGAGAUGGUAAGCAGUAUGACGCCUACAUCGCCUAUCCGAGAGUCCUUGAAGGCUCAAGUGAAAAGGCUGAGAUGUUUGUGAUGAGUACUCUGCCGCAGGUCUUGGAGGGCCUGUACGGUUAUAAGCUUUUCAUCCUGGGCCGGGACGGUCUACCCGGAGAAGCCGUGGUGGACGUAGUUCAGGACGCUCUGAGCCGCUGUCGCAGGCUUCUGCUGCUCUACACGGCGUCUUCGCUGUGCAGCCCCGAGGCGCAGGAAUGGGCCGAGCAGCAGACGGGUCUGUACCGAGCCAUCGUGGAGGACUCCAUGAGCAUCGUUCUCCUGGAGCUGGAGGAGAUCCGUGAGGCCGACCGGCUGCCUCCCUCUGUGCGUCUCCUCAAGGAAAAACAGGGAGCUUUGCAAGCCUGGAAAAGAAGGAAGAGGUGGAUGGGCUGGGACGGGAAGUUGGAGGACCGUUUGACCUCUCUCGACCCUUCGGCACGCUUCUGGAGGGAGGUGCGCUACCAUAUGCCUGUCAGAGGCAAAGCCAAGGAGAGAAAUUGGUUUAGUUUCUGAACGUGGUUCCUCAGGGUCGAGCUGUGCUUCUUGAAGUGAUGCAGUCAAACAUCUGGAUCUUUAUCUUCACUAGAGAGUACAGCAGUGACCGGACACUUUUUCAGUACAGAAAUAUAAGCAGCCAAAACCAGUCAGCUCCGACAUCAAUCUUUUCUCUUUAUUUUUUAUUUUUUUGUCAUCCUCGGCCAGGACAGGACUAGCCAUAAAUAUAUGCUUAUCUUCAUUUUAUGGAGGAAAAUGAUUUUGAUUUUUACUUCUGGAAGCCAGUUGAUCUAACCUGAGGUCUAUCGAACAUGACAGCGGGUCUGAUGUGCUUCAGUGUUCUCAGGUUUAUAUGGGCGUGAAAGUGAGUCGUUCUGUGGACACGAAAUAAAAAGCUGUAAAUACAAUGUCAGCUUGUAAAGUAUACAAAAAAUCAAAAAAACAAACAAAAAAAAAACGUACAUACAGAAGAUAUGUAUAUAAAAACACAUUUUUUUAUGAUUUUUCGCUGCAUACAUACUCUGCUCUCAUCUGUUUAUAAUGCAAAAUUAGGUUCACACACAAUCUGUUGUGCAGUAAUGUGUUUUUUGCUCUGUUUUUUUAUUUUACUUUUAUGAUUUUUACCCCAAAUAUUUUAAAUUUUUUGAAUGUACAGUAUGAAUUGCGUAUGUACUGUGAAUAUGAAGAGACAGAGAAAGACAUUUUUUAAGUGCCCCUGUUCUGCUUUUUCAGAUAUUCCCUCUCAUGCAGUGUGUAAUAAAGCUGUUUGUGAAUGUA